UACUCUGUUCCUCCGUCUCCUCCAGGAGAGCAGAACCGAAGCAGGUACGCGGGUCAUCUCCCUUAAAAUAGCGCCCCCCGCGGCGUACGCGGCAGCCACACGUUGCGCACGGCGGGGGUCGUGGAUCGCGGCGUUGCGCAUCGGUCUUCUCGCCUCGGCUAAGAGGCGUGCGGACUGCCGACACGCAGAGGGGAGAAGGCAGAGGAGCCCGAGAGAGGAAGCGGAGCUGAAGGAACUUCCCUUGCCCGGAGGAUCCAGUCGAGCUCGGUCGAUCUGACUCUCCCAAAGCCCCAAGCUCUCUGAACUUCAGGUCGUUGAACGCGAUCGCAGCAGAUCCAGGCUAAGCUGAUGGCUGACAACAGUAUCCAACAAGCAUUGUUAGAUGAUCCUCCUAAUGUGCUGAAAAGGAAGCCAUCCGAAGGAGCCAAACGUUUCCGACGAUGCAGGACAACUCCAUCCUCAGAUCCCAGCCAAAAAUCCGAUGAUGCCGGCUCCGUGCUUCGAGCCAAGGAGUUGUUCAAGGAGAUACGACCGAGCUUCAAGCUAGUAGGCUUCCUCCUCUUUGUCUACCUGCUAGUGGGCGUCAUCAUCUUUUACCUUGUCAUGGAUCAGAUAUCCGGCAAGAGAACUAAUAGAGUGCUUGAUGCCUUGUACUUCUGUAUUGUCACAAUGACCUCGGUUGGCUAUGGAGAUCUCGUCCCUAACAGUGACACAACAAAGCUUCUUGCUUGUGCUUUCGUCUUCACUGGCAUGGCGAUCAUUGCUCUCUUUGUCAGUAAGUCUGCGGAUUACCUUGUCGAGAAGCAGGAGGUGUUGUUCUUCAAAGCACUGCACAUGAAUAUGAAGGCUGGUGAGGCCAAAAUGUUCAGAGCAAUCGAAAAAAACAGGGUAAAGUACAAAUUCUACACGGUUGCUCUACUUCUUGUGACGGCUGUUGUUGCUGGGACUGUAUUUCUGUGGAAGGUUGAGAAACUGAGCCUUGUUGAUUCCUUCUACUGCGUCUGUGCCACAAUCACUACCCUGGGCUAUGGGGAUAAAAGCUUCUCGUCCAAAUUGGGGCGUGUUUUCGCGGUGUUUUGGAUUAUCACAAGUACUAUAAUCAUGGCUCAGUUCUUCCUGUACCUUGCUGAGCUCUACACCGAGCGACGGCAGAAAAUGCUGGCCAAAUGGGUGCUCACUAGGAGGAUCACAACCAUGGAUCUUGAGGCAGCUGAUCUGGAUGGUGACCGACAGGUUGGUGCUGCUGAAUUUGUACUGUACAAGCUAAAAGAGCUGGGCAAGAUCAGCCAAGAGGAGAUAUCUUCUUUCCUUGAGGAGUUUGACAAGCUCGAUGUUGACCAGUCCGGGACACUCUCAGCUUACGAUCUGACUCUGGCACAAAUCGGUCGAUGACUGAUAUAUGCAUGUGCAUUUGAUUUUGCUGCUUGAAUGAUUUUGGUUGAUGCUGUUAGCAUUUCUGGUGUCCAUAUGUAACACUGUAAUCUUGCAAAGAUGCAAAAGAGACAAUUGAGAAAUUGUAUCCCACUUUCCCUCUCAAAUCAAGCCUGGACAUAUGAAACAAAUAUUUGCUGGAAGAUUCUCGAAGCUUGCACACCUGCAUAUAUGAAGAAAUUUUUAUAGCUCUA